GCUCUGCAUUGGUUAAUCAGGGCGCAAAGCUCACUCUGCAUGAAAUGAUAUUAAUACUAGCUCUUAUAAUAUGUUUGUCCGCUAUAUCUCAAAGCUGUUCGCAAAGUAAACAGCAUUAUCUCUGUUGUGCAUUAGGGGAAACUGAGGCACGGAAGGGACUUGCCCAAGGCCUCACUGCGAGUCAGUGGCAGAGCUGAGGAAAAGUAUAUUAACUUGUUCUCAAGAUGGAAACACCAUUGUUAGACAAAUCAACAUCACUGUGCAGUACUCCAAAGGACCGUGGGACACUAGCUCCUCAGAGCACUGGCUCAGGGAAAAAGCCAAUGAGCACAACACUUAAGGAGCGAUUAAAGAAAGCAAGACGUUCAUUUAAUUCCAGUUUCACUGUGGCAAAACGCCUUAAAGUAGAUAUUGAAGAAAAAGAUUACAGUACUUCUGAAGAAGGGGCUCUGUUGGCAAAAGAAUCCUGUUCCAGAUUACAAAAUAGCUGUGAAAUCCUGGAGAAGAACUGUGCUGCAAAUACAAGUUUAAGUAGUCCUGUACAGGAGAGACAUUGCUGCAGACUUGUUCAGAAUUCCCCACACUCUGUGGUGUUUGGGGCUGACCUUAGUCAACAAGAACUACUUGAGGAAAAAUUAAGAUUGUUGAAGCAGGUCCAAGAGAAGAAAGAGCUGCUUCGAAGACUCAAACUGGUCAAGAUGUACAGAUCCAAGAAUAACCCAUCAGAAUUGCAAUCUUUGAUAACGAAAUGGAGAUGCAGCACCCAGUUGAUGCUUUAUGAACUCCAGUCAGCUUUGUCUACAGAUGGCAAUAAACUGAGCCUCACUCUGUUGAUAGACAAUUUUGGAUUAGAAGACAAGUUACUACACUACAGCAGAACAGAAGAAGACUUUACAGAUAUGUAAUUUACAAUUACAAAGUUUUCGGUUAUAAAAAAAAUAGUCUUCGGAAAAGAUUAAAUAUAAACUGAUUGCAUCAUAACUAUUAAACCAUCAUGAUAGUUUGUUUCAGUAGUGGAUUGUUGUAAUAGACUGUGCUUAUGUAUAUGCUGUAAGAGGCAGUUAUUUUCUGGAAAGGAUUAUCUCUUAGGCAGAAACUUACUCAUUGAGAAAAUUGCCAUUAGUGGAUGUGAAAAUGAAAUCUAGUAAUAUUGUACUUAAACAGUGGGCUGCAUCUUCUCUGAUCAGUUUUACACUGUACAUUCUCUUGUUUGAUAUAAUGGGAUCAACUUAACUGUUUUUUCUAGUUAUACUAAGAUGUUGAGGAAUUCAACACAUACAUAUUCUGAAAGUUUCUUCAAUUUGCCAGUCAAUUGCUGUGAGCUUUCUAAGGAUUAAGUUCAGGUGUAAACACAUUGCAUAUUCUCAAUUACUGAAGCAAUAUUGAGUUUUUGUACAUGGCUUUAUUUCUUGUGAUACUAGAAGCAAUACAUAUUCUGUGGUGCUUAACAAAAACAGAACUGUGUCUAAUGUAUUUAAAUGGCUGCAUUUAAUUUACCUUUCUGCAAUUAUUCUUCUUAAAUCCCAAAGCCAUUUUCCCCUUUUUACGUCUUACGUUUUAGUUCUAAUUUGUGGUAUUUUAUUAUGUUAAUUAGAGAUUGUGGGAGAGAAGUUGAUUCCCUGUUGACUAUCUCC